UGACAUAAGAGCAUGGCGUCCAAGGGCUCAAAAUCGGUGCCGCCAGUAACAAAGAGCAGCGGCUCUGUGGCGAAGAAGAUCCCUCUUCUAUCGACAUCUGCCGGCGGCGCUACCCUAUUAAUUGGCCUGCAAGUCGGGUCUCGAGCACUGACGUUCAUUGUGAACCAGCUACUCCUUCGCUACCUCUCUCCGGAACUCCUUGGCAUUUCUACACAGUUGGAAGUUUACUCCAUCUCGGUGCUCUUCUCUGCUCGAGAAAGCCUCCGCGUUGCAAUCCAGCGACAGCCAGAUACCGCGGAUGACACCUCCGCGCAGGAUGGCGAGAAGAAGGUUCCUGCUGGUCACGUGGAAGGGGGGACUGCUGGGGGGAGGACGCAGGCAAUUGUGAACCUCUCAUAUAUCUCCAUCAGUCUUGGUGUUGGGUUCGCUCUCGUCCUUGCCAAUUGGUAUCUGAGGGCUCUCCGCUCUCGCGACCCAACGAUCCUGGACGUCCCUUACUUCCAACUGGCACUGAAGCUUUAUGGCAUCGCGUCUCUUGUGGAACUGCUGUCGGAGCCCUGCUUCGUUGUUGUCCAGCAGAAGUCAAUGUUUAAGAUCCGUGGUGCUGCGGAAUCUGUCGCAACAAUACUAAGAUGUCUAACAACUUGUGGCUCCGCCAUCUGGGCAGCCCGGAAUGGACGGGAUAUUGGCGUGUUGCCAUUUGCGCUUGGUCAAUCUGCAUAUGCUAUAUCACUGCUAGUUGUUUAUUUCUGGAAUGUUUGGGGCAUUGCCUCAAGAAGUGGCUUCUCCUUAGCCCUCAAGCCAAUCUAUUCUAGCAAAGAUGGGGCUUACUUCCUGUCCUACUUUUCACGGCCGCUAUUGAUCCUUGGCGGGAGCCUUUUCCAGCAGUCAAUUGUCAAGCAUGUUCUUACGCAAGGUGAUACAUUCCUUAUCGCAUCUCUUGCUUCGCAAACAGCUCAAGGCGUCUAUACCCUGGCCAACAAUUAUGGUGGUCUUGUUGCCCGGUUGAUCCUCCAACCCAUUGAGGAAAGUAGCCGCAACUACUUUGGCAAGCUUCUCUCCUCCGUGGAUGGAACCCCCCCCAGAGACCACAACAUGAAAGCUCGCAAGAACCUACAUACUCUACUAAGAGCGUACGUCCUAUUCUCCGUCUGUGUGCUUGCAAUAGGCCCCAAAAUGGCACCUCUUCUCCUGAAGAUCGUCGCAGGAUCAGCAUGGAUAGAUUCCGGAGCCGGAAACGUCUUAGCUACAUAUUGCUUCUACAUCCCCCUCCUUGCGAUCAACGGCCUGACGGAAGCCUUCGUGUCAUCCGUAGCGACCAAGUCUGAGGUCAACCGCCAGUCCCUCUGGAUGCUGGCGUUCUCAGCCGGGUUCGCCGGUGCGGCGUACGUCUUCCUGCGUGUUCUGGACCUCGGGGCGGAAGGUCUGGUCUGGGCAAAUACGCUCAAUAUGCUCUUCCGCAUAAUCUGGAGCACCGCAUUCAUUGCAUCCUACAUGAGGCGUCACGGUACCCGGCUUGAACUCGGGGCUGUCUUCCCCAAACCGAUGACCAUCGCUGCAGGGGUGGGCGCAUAUGCUGUGCUAACACAGGUGGAAUCGUCAUUCACAGGCGGCAUACUCGACAUCAUAAAGGGGGCAGCCGUAGCGGGCGCUUUAGCGAUGAUCCUGUGA